UCUACCUAAUCUAUGUCUAUGAUUGUGUGUGGUUGUGGUUACUGUGAUUGAGGAAUAGGUCAUUUAAGUGCAAUUUAUGUUACAUUUAUAUUUAUUCUAAAAAUAUAUUAUAUAUCACCAUCUGAUUAUAUAAAAUGCUUCCCAUUUGUGCUAGAUCCGUUUGUAGCAAAUAUUUUAGACCCAACAAAGCUUUAGGACUUAUUCCUAAAAACGGUUAUGCAACUGAAGCAACAUUUGAGACAAAACCAUAUCGUUUACAUCGAUUGGAGCAGUCACCUUCAACCACUGUUUCUUUAACAAAAGAGGAUGCUGUUAAGUAUUACACACAAUUACAUACAAUUCGUCGAAUGGAAACAACUGCUGGAAAUUUGUACAAAGAUAAAAUAGUGCGAGGUUUUUGUCACCUUUACUCAGGGCAGGAAGCUAUUGCAGUUGGUAUCAAAGCCGCCUUACGCCCUUAUGAUGAUGUAAUCACAGCUUACCGUGCCCAUGGAUGGACACAUAUAAUGGGGGUUUCACCCUUGGGCGUCUUAGGUGAACUUUGUGGUAAACAAAGUGGCUGUGCCAGAGGUAAAGGAGGCUCUAUGCACAUGUACACUGAUCACUUCUAUGGUGGAAAUGGAAUUGUUGGUGCUCAGGUUCCUUUAGGUGUUGGGUUAGCACUAGCAGCUAAAUAUAAAGGCACAGAUGGUGUCUGUGUGGCUUUAUAUGGCGAUGGUGCGGCUAAUCAAGGCCAAGUGUUUGAAGUGUACAAUAUGGCUAAAUUGUGGAACAUUCCUUGCAUUUUUGUAUGUGAAAAUAAUGGCUACGGCAUGGGUACGAGUGCAGAAAGAGCAUCUGCAAAUACGGAGUAUUACACGAGAGGAGAUUACAUCCCAGGUAUCUGGGUUGAUGGUAUGGAUGUGCUUGCAGUAAGGGAAUGCUUUAGAUUUGCUGUUGAUUAUUGUGCCAGUGGUAAAGGACCACUUGUCAUUGAAGCUGCUACCUACAGAUACUCUGGUCACUCGAUGUCCGAUCCUGGUACAAGUUACAGAACUAGAGAUGAAAUUCAAGAAGUAAGACAGACUAGAGAUCCCGUGACGUCAUUCAAAGAAAAAAUAGUUUCUUCUAACUUAGUCCCCGCUGAUGAAAUAAAGAAAAUCGAUGGUGAGAUUAGAGCUCUCGUCGACAAUGCAACUAAAAAAUGUAAAACCGACAAAGAAAUCGGUUUGGAUGAACUUGCUGGCGACGUUUAUUCUAUCAGUUUGGAGCCAAAAAUUAGAAACGUCGAUCCUUUCAGUCAUCUUGUGCACAAAAGGAUUGGGCCGGCUUUAAAUUUUAAGUAAAUAAUGAAUCGACAUAUUUGUUAUUCACCUUACCAUUAUGAAUUUUUGAAAUUAUGAAUCAUUGUACUAUCAAAAUAUUUAUUUGAUUUUAAAAUUGUUUCUAUUAAUUGUUGACAUACUCAUGUUUUACAAAUGUAAAUUAAAUUAUUAUGUUGUA